CUCAGUUUCCACUACAAACACUGGAGGUGGAACUUUGACCACUGCUCCAGUCACUGGUAUUAGCCAGCUAGCUGCUCUUUGUUUUAUUUUCAUAAUUGUGCGCGGUUUUUCAUAUGCAGCGAGAUGUGGUUUAUUUAUUUACUCAGCUGGCUGUCGCUGGUCAUUCAGAUAUCCUUUGUCACUUUAGCCAUAGCUGCUGGCCUCUACUAUUUGGCAGAACUAAUAGAAGAAUACACGGUAGCCACAAGUCGAAUAAUAAAGUACAUGAUACUGUUCUCCACAGGUGUACUGGUUGGUCUCUAUUUGUUUGAAGGCUUUCCAGGUCUGAUGGUGGGAGUGGGCCUGUUCACUAACCUGGUGUACUUUGGCCUGCUACAGACCUUCCCCUACAUACUGCUCAGCUCCCCAAACUUCAUCCUGUCCUGUGUGUUGGUGGUAGUCAACCAUUACAUGGCCUUCCAGUACUUUGCGCAGGAGUAUUAUCCGUUCUCAGAGGUGUUGGCGUACUUCACCAUCUGCCUGUGGGUGAUUCCUUUUGCUUUCUUCGUGUCACUAUCAGCUGGUGAAAAUGUGCUUCCGUCCACCAUGCAACAAGGAGAUGACGUGGUGUCUAAUUAUUUCACCAAGGGGAAGAGGGGGAAGAGGUCUGGGAUCCUCCUCGUCUUCUCUUUCCUCAAGGAGGCGGUGCUUCCCAGCAGACAGAAAAUGUACUGAGGAGCCCAGCUCAGAGCGGGGCCUCCGGGGCUUCAGGGGCCUUUGGGAGUGAGUGGAAGUUGACAGGAAACAGAAAGGACUGUGCAAAUAGUUUAUGGAUGGGACUUGAAUGAAGCAAGAAGAAGCAGAAGCAGAGCACCUGAAGAGGACGGACCAAUGAACAAACACAGCAUCCUGCUGGACCUGAGGAGUUUCUACAGGCCACGUUUAUCUGUCCUUUAUCUGUCCAUACUGACCGCCAACAUCUGUUCAAGUGAGGAUCAUGUAUGUAGUGCAAUGCCUUUUACUGUCAUGUCCGACACUUUUAGGGGUUUAGUUUAAUGUUAGCAACCACAGAAUACCAGUCUGACUUUGGUUGAUGAGGAAAACUGGUGGAACAUUUCCUCUGCAAGUGAUGCUUGAUGUUUGUUUGAUUGUUUGAGGUUUUACAUAUAUGUAUAAAAUCUCAAACUAUCCUUGACAAAAGUUCAAAGGGUUUAAAAAAAAUAGUGAAAUGAAUCAAAGGCAUCUGUGUUAAAGAUUAUCUGUGUGUGUCCUGUGAAGCAAAGAAGGAAACUUCACAGAAUACUUUUGAAAACCAACAAGGACCUGAAUUUAGCUCCGGUCAAGGACGAUCAGGACCACGACGGUGUCAAAAAGAAAUCUGAUAUGAAGUAUAAAUCUGUAAUAUUUUGAAGAAAAAAAGUGAAGCUAUGAGAAUGGUCAUUAAAUUCAGAGAAAAAACUUACGAAUAAAGUCGAAACCUUAAGAGAACAAAGGUGAAAUUUCUGAAUGAAGUCAUAAGAUUAAGAAUAAACUGAAUCUAUUAUGAGGUUAAACUUACAUUUUUUUUUAUGAAGGGAAAGACAUUAUGGUUAACCGCAAAAAAGCAUCAAUUUAUGAAUUCCUAAUACUCUUAAUUACCGCUUUUUUCAUAAUGUUAUGACUUUUUUGACUUAAUUGUCGUAAUAGUGUAGUUCUUUUCCUCAUAAAUCAUGGCUUCUGUCAUUUCUUCUGUCUUUGUUCUUUUAAUAUUCUGACUUUCUGGCUGGUUUUCUCAUAAUGUAGCAACUCUACAGUUUAAAUAUCAGAUUUUUCUCCGUCAUUGUGGCGCUGAUACUCGGGAUCCGCUGAUCUGUUAAUGAAAAUUUCAUUUUGUUAUCAAGUUACAAGACGUAGUGUUUGAUAAAUGUGUCCGCAGACGUAAAGCUGAUCUAAAACCGCUCAAUUAGUGCCGGCUUCGUGUCUGAAUCAUUGAUGUGGCCACUGAGUGUAAAUUUGUUUCAUUUUCUCACCUGCAUCAACGCAUCCAUCAGUCACCAGCAUUUUUAGUAAAGCCGCUUCCCUGUGUUUAUUUUGACUGUUCUUAAGAUUUCUCAUUAAUAACAAACAAGUUUUUUUUUUUUUUUUGUACACUGAUGAAAACACAUUUGUGAAGAUCGAACCUGUGCAGUGAGUCUUGUAUGGAUAUUUUGAGGACAAAAGCUACUUUAAGUGGUUGGGUAAUCAAAGCAGCCGUGGUGGGGUCUGAAAUACUUUUUAUCAAUUACUGACUGUGAUUCAUUGUUGGCUGGUAUGCACACAACUUUCUAAUACAAUAAAAGUCAGGUUUUUCACAUUG